AUGGCGAACAUGAUCCAGCCACAGAUUCCUAAGCUGAUAAAGACCAAUUGCGACAACUGGAGUAUCCAGAUGAAAGUCUUGCUCGGUUCGCAAGACUUGUGGGAGCUCGUGGAGAAUGGUUACACUGAACCCGAGUCACCUGCAGCAGAAGUAACUCUCACCGCCACACAGAAGAAUGAGCUAAAGGAGGUCAGAAAAAGAGACAAAAAUGCUUUGUUCCUAAUAUUCCAAGACGUAGAUGAAUCUGUGUUUGAGAAGAUUUUCAACGCCAUGUCCUCUAAAGAGGCAUGGGAGAUUUACAAAAAUCCUAUCAAGAUGAAAGCUACAGAAUCAAUAUCAGACUAUUUUAGUAGAGUUCAGACAAUAACUAAUCAAAUGAAGAGAAAUGGAGAAGCAAUUAAUGAUGUAAGAAUUAUGGAGAAGAUACUUAUGACUUUAGAUUCUAAAUUCAAAUAUAUUAUUCCGGCAAUACAAGAGUCUAAAGAUCUCUCCGAAGUUUCUAUUGAUGAGCUGCAAGGUUCUCUGCAAGCUUAUGAACAAUAUAUAAAUAUCAGUUCAAAUCAAAAAGAGAAUCUAGAGCAAGCCUUGUAG